UCUAUCAGAGCAAUAACAACGGCGAGCAAACACGCCACAGAACAAACCCUUCCCCGAAUAAUUGCCCCUAUAACACAUAUCGCAGUUACAUCUCCACCCGAUCCCAAUGAAGAAGCUUCGGCCUGACUGACUGGGAGAUGGGAGUACAAAACAUAACAGACCAGACUCCACUGGUCCAGGCUAUAUUUAGCCGAAAUGCAGAAGAAGUGAAGUUUUUGUUGCACAAGAAUGAAGAAGUCAAUGCACUGGACCAAGAACGCCGUACCCCCUUACAUGCUGCUGCGUGUUUGGGCGACGUUCACAUUAUGGACCUUCUCAUUAAUUCAGGUGCUAGUAUUAACGCUAAGGACCAAGGCUGGCGGACUCCCCUGCAUCGGGCAGCUGCCUCACAGAACGAAAAGGCCGUGGGGCUGCUGCUGAGACAGGAUGCGGAGGUCAAUGCCCGGGAUAAAUUCUGGCAGACGCCGUUGCACGUGGCUGCGGCCAACCGGGCCACACGCUGCGCUGAGGCUCUCAUCCCCAAGCUGAGCAGCCUGAACGUGGCGGACCGCUCCGGCAGGACUGCCCUGCACCACGCUGCACACAGCGGCCACAUGGAGAUGGUGAAUUUGCUCCUUAACAAAGGGGCCAACUUGAGUGCCAGCGAUAAGAAGGAGAGGCAGCCAAUCCACUGGGCCGCAUACCUCGGGCAUCUGCAGAUCGUGAAGCUUCUUGUGUCGCGGAGCGUGGACGCCAUGUGCAGGGACAAGCGCGGUUAUACCCCGCUCCACGCUGCAGCUGCCAGCGGCCAGAUAGAGGUGGUCAAGUACCUGCUGCGGCUGGGGUCAGAGAUUGAUGAGCCUAACGCCUUUGGGAACACAGCGCUCCACAUGGCGUGCUACACGGGCCAGGAGGCGGUGGCCAACGAGCUGGUGAACCGCGGCGCCAACGUCAACCAACCCAACCACCACGGUGGCACGCCGCUACACCUGGCCGCUGUCUCAACCAACGGGGCGCUCUGCCUCGAGCUUUUAGUCAACAACGGCGCUGACGUCAACAUGCAGAGUAAAGAAGGGAAGAGCCCUUUGCACAUGGCCGCUAUUCACGGGCGCUUCACCCGCUCCCAGAUCCUUAUCCAAAACGGUGGGGAUAUAGACUGUGUAGAUAAAUAUGGCAAUACUCCUCUUCACGUUGCUGCUAAGCACGGCCACGAGCUGCUGAUCAGCACCCUGAUGACUAACGGUGCUGACACAGCCAGACAAGGGAUUCAUGGGAUGUUUUCAUUGCAUUUGGCUGUGCUCUACGGGUUUUCAGACUGUUGUCGCAAGUUACUCUCCUCAGGUCAGCUGUACAGCAUUGUAUCAUCACUAAGCAACGAGUAUGUGCUGUCAGCCGGGUUUGACAUAAACACCCCAGACAGCCUGGGGAGGACCUGCCUGCACGCCGCUGCCUCUGGAGGAAACGUUGAGUGUCUUAACUUGCUGUUGAGCAGUGGUGCCGACUUGAGUAAAAAGGACAAACUGGGAAAAGCUCCUUUGCACUACGCAGCUGCGAAUGGGAGCUACCAGUGCACGGUUGCCCUGGUGAGUGCUGGUGCCGAGGUGAAUGAGCUGGACCAGAAAGGCUGCAGCCCCCUGCACUACGCUGCUGCAUCGCAGACCUUCUGCCGAGUGGACAGACAUUACUCAGUCGGACACCAGAGUGAGGAGAGGGCAAAGGAGGACUUUUUUUGUUUGGAGUAUCUGCUUGAUAACGGGGCUGACCCGGCUCUGAGGAACACCAAGGGUUACAGCGCAGUCCACUACGCAGCAGCCCACGGAAACAAGCAGAACCUGGAGCUGCUCUUGGAGAUGUCGUUCAACUGUCUGGGAGACGUGGAGAGCAGUGUUCCAGUUAGCCCUUUGCACUUAGCCGCGUAUAACGGUCACUGUGAGGCGUUGGGGGUGCUGUCUGAGACGCUGGUGAGUCUGGACGUUCGGGAUGCGGGGGGGCGCACCGCCCUAUACUUGGCGGCCCAGAAGGGACACGCUCAGUGCUUGGAGGUCCUGCUGUCCCAUGGGGUCUCCUGCCACCUCAGGGAGCGCCGCAACAAGUGGACCCCACUCCAUGUCGCAGCUUCCAACGGCCAAACAGACUGUCUGCUCAUGCUGGUCAACCGAGGGGAGAAGGCUGACAUCAUCGACAUUGCCGACGUACAGGGACAGACGGCUCUGAUGCUGGCAGCUCUGGGCAGCCACACUGACUGUGUCCACAUCCUGCUGGAGAAGGGAGCCGGGGUUGACGCCGCCGACAAGCGAGGUCGCACUGCCCUACACAGAGCUGCGGUGAUGGGCAGUGAGGACUGUGUGUCGGCCCUGCUGGAGCAUGGUGCUUCGGCUCUGUGCAGGGAUUUCCGGGGGCGCACCCCCCUGCACCUGGCCGCCUCCUGCGGCCACAUGGAGCUCCUGCGCAGCCUGCUGCAGGGCGCCACACGCACCGACCCCCUCGACUCAAUGCUGGACUACAGCGGAUACACUCCCACCCACUGGGCCGCUUACCACGGGCACGAAGACUGUUUGGACGUUUUACUUGAACACAAACCUUUUAGUAUCCAGGAAGGAAACCCCUUCACCCCAUUGCACUGUGCUCUAAUAAAUGGCCAUGAUGGUGCUGCUGAACUACUGGUAGAGACGGUCGGACCUCAGAUGGUGAACAUCAGAGACGCCAAAGGAAGGACCCCGUUGCAUGCAGCUGCCUAUUCGGAGAGUGUUGGCGGGCUGCAGCUGGCCCUGGUCCAGGGGGCAGAGGUCAAUGCCGUGGACACCACAGGACGCUCCGCCCUGAUGGUUGCCGCCGACAACGGACGGACCGCAGCCGUCGAGAUCCUGCUGCACCAGGCCAAGGCAGACCUGACCCUGCUGGAUGUCAACGACAACACCGCCCUUCACCUGGCCUGCAGCAAGGCUCAUGAGAUGUGUGCCCUGUUAAUCCUGGGAGAGAUCAGCGACCCCUCCCUCAUCAAUGCAACAAACGGUGCACUGCAAAUGCCCCUUCAUAUCGCAGCGAGGAACGGUCUGGCUACAGUGGUCCAGGUGCUCCUCAGCCAAGGGGCAGCUGUGAUGGCUAUAGAUGAGGAGGGCCACACCCCGGCCCUGGCCUGUGCCCCUAACAAGGACGUGGCGGACUGCCUGGCCCUGAUCCUCUCCACCAUGAAGCCUUUCCCUCCAAAAGACGCCAGCGCCGCCGCCUCCUUUGGCCUCAACCUGCUGAAGCACUGUGGCAUCGCCACCACCUGUGGGCCCCUGCCCAACGGCACCCUGCACCACGCCUACGCCAAGGACCGCCACGGCACCGCCGGCCUGGACGGCUGCUUCACCGAGUGAAGCGAACCCCCAACCUGUUUCCCUCAGACCUCCCUACCCUGUCCCCUUAUAUCUUUAACUAGCCAGAUCUGCCCUCUUUAAUCCACUAUAAUCCGGGGGACCCCACCCCCCUUCUAACACACACAACAAGAGCAGGAAUAUACUUUGAAUUACAUGUGUGUAAGUGAGCGUGUGCGUUUGGAUGUGUGUGUCGGUAUAUGUGCGCGUGCGUUUGUCUGUGUGUUUAAAGAAAAACUAAAUCCCUUAUGGGUGCAGUCAAAACUAUAUGCAAUUAUUUGCCUCUCCUCUGUGGCAUAUCGUCUCUGUCGUCGCUAGCCUGUCCUUAGGUCAGACACCCUCUGUCCAGUGUCCAGGACAGAGCACGUCACUGAGUCCCUCUGAAUCGUACCGGCAGAGUUUCUGCAUCAUCAUGAAGUUAUCACGGUUUUGUUGAAUUAACAGAUAAGCUACGGUCUAAAUUAAUUCUAAAUUAAAUUUAAAUUAUUGUGAAUUUUUGAUAUUGCACUUCAACAACGAAUGAACUUACCUCGCAAAUCCCAGUGAAAGCGAUGACCUAGUAGAAGGAGAACGGUGCCUCGCCGACUUCUACUCUGACUGAAACUGGUGCAAUAUGCAGCACGUGUGGGUAUUUGCAGUGCUGUGCCUCUCUCUCCGAAGACUAGAAUAAAACUGAAGUAGUAGAGCGAGGGAAAGAACGGGAGAGAGUGAUAGACCGUCGCUGGGUUUGACUGUACAGUUAAGAGUCUGGGUGAGUUGAGAGCUCUGCAGAGAAGCCCAUGGAUUUGAAAACAAGCGGUGACAAGCUGGUGUUGACUCACCUAGAAGUCCGACAACAAGCACCUCCCACUUGCUAAGGCUGUCUGAGUGACCUCAUCCACCAGGUCCAGUAGCUUCCGGACUUUUGUUGGCUGGGUUUUUCUGCAUUAGCCCCCUCUCACUGAGUCCAUCCUGAAGGGAGUCGUUGUGGGACUUGCCUGAACCCCACUCCCGUUCGUCACUGUCGUAGAAUACUUUUGGUACCUUAAGGCGGUUCUAAGACGUUUCUGGAUAUUUAACAAUGUUGUGCCUAUGGAAUACUGAGAGACAACCACAACCCCUUAACCUCACCUAGUUUAUACCCUCUGAUCUCCCACCUGAUUCCUGAUUAUUUAAGAUUUUAAAAGAGAACAAUGCUAGUGGGACAUUUUUAAAGGAUGAAAUGUAGAUUUGAAGAGAAAUGGGUUUAGCACACAUACUGAACAGCAUAAGCUAUUUUUGUUGCUGUCGUAUAAACACUUGUUUACAUAAUGAAAAUGGUCGUCGUAUUUACUUGUGAAUCGACAGGCUAAUAUGUUUGCACAAUAAGGACAUGCCUCCAGUAGGAAAAUAAAGAGCGAAGACGUGUUUUCAAUAUAGCUGCUAAAAUAUUGCUGCCUUCUCCAUGGAUUCUAUUCACGGUUUCUGUCAAUGCGGGUCUACAUUUGGUGUGUACAUUUAUUUUAUUUUUUUCAUUAUUGGGAAGCAAUAUUUAAACAAGACUUCAAAUUCUUUAGCAUUUUUUUUCUUUUCAUGCAGUUUGCUGUGUGGAAAGGUUCAUGUUUUUACCUCAACAUUGGGGAUGACUUCAAGUUUUCAAGAAAAUAAUUUGCACUACCUCCAAAGUUAAAGUAUUAUUUUUCAAAUGGAAUAGGUAGAAUGUUUAAAAAAAUAGUUUUUCUAUUCUUUCCAAACAGCCAUACUUGAAAAAAAGUCAGUAAUCCCAAUCAAACGCCAUGCGCUGUAAUCCUCACUUGUCACGUUGAUAGGCACAGCAUUGGGAGUUGUCAAAAGUGCAGCCAAAAACACAAAUGCAUUCCUUUUAAAUUUGAAUUAGGCAUGUCUUGUACUUACCUCAAAGAUUUUAACAACGCAACUCAUUGACUCCUGUUUGGGCCACACUAUAGAUCCAUUACUUUUUGUUGAUUUCUUCUCUGCCGCCUUUUGCACAGUAGUUGAAUCAGUUUAGUUUUAAGGGUAAUCAGUUGAUUACGCUAUUUAUGAAGAUUGUUAGUUAUGUUCAUCUGAACAGAAUUCAAAAUGAUGUUCACUCCGUUUGUAAUUGUUUUCUUGAGAUUGUAAAGACCCCCCCCAAAUUUUUUUUUAAUAAUAAUAAUUACAAAAUCAAUCUUUAUCAGCAUUUGACCCUAGUCAAACAUUCAUAAAGUAAUUUGAAUAUUUAAAAGGAGAAAGUAUUUUUAAAUCCAUGGUGUACUGUAACAUUCUGCAUUAGCCUGCCUUGUAUCUGUAUUUGACAUAUUACAUAAAUGUAGUUAGAUGGCAAAAUUGCACAAGUAGUGUUACUGUACCGAUGCAUAUCUUUUCUCUUAACUUUACACCAUAUUGACAAAGUAUGGCUGACACAAAAACACACAUACUUAUAUUAUGUUGGUACGGUUAUGUAUGGACAGCUACUUUUUUAUUUAUUUUUUGAGAUGACAAUCAGCAUCACAAGGGCUUUUUAUUUAUAAGUAAAUGCUUUUCGGGAGUUGUUUUUAAGAAGUGUCUUUUUCGGGAUUUAGUUUAUUUGAGUCAUUGAGUCAUCGAGUAUUGCUUUACACCCGUUUUGAAGUAUGUGUGCUCCCAUUUCUCUUUUUUUGGCAACAAGAACACCAUGUUGACAUGUCUGGUACAAAUACCUCCAUUGUGUUAUACACUGACAACCUUAACCCUCUUCCUCCAUGACACUGUUGUUUCUCUCUGGAUAUGCCUCAUUCCUAUUAUCAGUUGUCACCUAGAAUUGUUCUCUUUUGAAUGCAAUAUCAAAAUCAUUUUGCACAUCUCCUUAGAUGUACGUACUAUUCAUUAUACUAAGAAAGAAAAAAAACAUUUGAUGUAUCAAUUUCUGAAUCAUAUUUCAGCCUGAGAUUCAUUGUCAGCUCCUGGUGCAUUCAAUCAUAGGGCUGGGAAGGAACUGUGUUUUAAAGGAAAAGCUUAUCUUGCACCUAUUCAGAUGCCAGAAAUGUUAUUCCACAAGGUUUUUAAUGUCAAAGCCUUUUAAGAAAAAAUAAGAUGACAAAGUCAAUAUCCUUUACAUGAUGUAGGAAUAGCAAAUUCCAAAACCAGUGUCGUUGUUCCUCAUAUUUAUACUAAUAUGCUGAAAAAAUGAUUGUAUUAAGCUACCUGAAAUUUUUGUGGCAUUUUACAUAAGCCUUUUUAUAUGAUGUCAGAGAAGGUUUAGGCCCAGUUCGAUGAGGUGAGAUCACAUCGAAUAGUAAGCCAUUUAAUAAUGUUCUAGGGUGAAUUGCUAUGUUAAUUAUAAUUGUUGCGUUGAUUUAAAUGAGAAUAGGAAUUUACUAGAUCCCAUAUAUAUAUUUUUCCUAUAUUGUGUAACGGUGUGACAUUUCAUUGACCGUGGAUUUGGUGUAGCCUACGGUUUUGUUGUCGUCAGGCUGGUUAGACAUGACAUUGAAAACCCCAAUCUCCCUUUUGGAAUAAGUUUUCAUGUGAAACUGAAUCCCUUACUGAUCAAUCGGAUGCCUAAAGACAUACCAAUUUGUGAGUCGCUCUGGAUAAGAGCGUCUGCUAAAUGACUUAAAUGUAAAUGUAAUACAAGUAAAGAGUUAAAGGACUAAAUUCAUGAAGCCCCUUCCCUUUAAAAAAAAGUUUAUUUCCUCCCUAUUUACCUAUUCUGUUUACACUGUGGACAUAUAUGAACCUAGUAUUGUGAUCUUUGGGGCCAUAGAAUGUCGGAAAGCAUUUUACAUUUUCAGUGAUGCAACAAAAACAACCAUUUUCACUCAGUCCUGACCCAAAGCACUUAUUUCAAGAAUAAGCACUUUUGUAUAUUUAAUAUCUCUAUAUGUAUUUAUGUAUACCGGUACAUACAGUAUGUUCCCUAUGUAGAUAUAAACUUCUAUUUAGGGAGAACGAUACCUUCAGUGGAGAGAAGAGAGUAGGUGAACUGGUGACUGAUCUUCACAAUCAUGUGUGAUGUGCUUGUUGGAGAGACACACUGUUUAAUUGGAGGGGCAUGUUUCUCUUUGGGGUUAGCAUAAGAGAGCAGUGAAAAGUCUAUGGUCACACCUUGGUGUGCACACGUGUGCAGCAAAAAAAAACAAAUUUCAAAUAGAAAAUUAUACUUGCGCUGCCUUUCAUUGAGUUGCCAAAAAGCAGGGGAUGAAACUGAAAAACACUUGACUUUACCGAAAUUGGAGAUAUUACGUACAUUUGCAGACAUCUUAACUAAAGCCAUAUUAGUCAAUUGCUGACAAAAACGUGAAUGUAUGGUCUAAAUUAUGGCAGGGGUUUUGGUUUUCGAGUAACUGACUUUUGCCGCACUGUUUAAGUUAAGUUCUAGAAAUUAUGGGAAAAGAAUGGAAAAAUGGACUAAAGCAAAAUGAUCUUUACCUCUGCCUCCUCAUGCAUAGAUGUGGUAGGGUUGUGUUUCAUCUUUUGAUAUGAAGGGAUGGCUAACUAAUUUGUGCCAUUGAAGGGUAUUAUUAUUGCAUUCUGCGGAUGGGUUAGCCUAAAAACGUGGUACAUCCAGCAUAUAUAUGCGUUACGUUUAGUGGUACAAGCCUCACUCCAAUAUAAUCGUUUUGACUCUUAUAAAUCAUUUGGUGAAUGAUACUUUUAGUUCCUCUCUAGCUUUUGUUUGUCAACAAUGGGCACUAGCGCUAAUAGCCGAGCUAUCCCUCCUGUUAACCAUGGACUCACCAUGGACUGCCUUUACAAUACCUCUUAGAAAUGAUGUAUAGUUGUUUUGCUACUCUAUAUUUUGUUUGUAGUGCGUAGCCGAUUUUUACAUUUGGGAAUGUGUCCGUUUUUGUCUAUCAAAACAGUCGACCUUAAUAACUCCCCAUUCUGUUACCUAGACUCACAAGUGCCGUAGAAAUACCUGUUUGUCUAUGAAAAAAGGAAUCGUCUUUGAUUCUCAGUGGAGAUGGUAUUUGUGUGAUGCUCAACACAAAGAGAGGAAUAAUGUUUUUUUUAGGGGAUUAGAUUGUGCUUCAUCCUUUUUUAUGAAGGUAGAAUUGUAAUUCUGGAUGGCAUCUAAUGAAUUUACCUAAUGUAUCAAUUAAACACAGUUUUUGGUUGAUGUCUCACAUGCAACAUCUGAAAUGUUAUCAGUAUGGUAUGGAAAAGCAUCUGUGUAGAAUUAUUUUGUUGUAAAGGACGAUAAUACCUUACAAUGGCUCAAAUGGCAAAGAUGGACAACUUUCUCAAAAUGCUUCAGUUUGUAGGAAUGAGAGACAUGGGCGCUUUGGCCAGUGGAUGGGGUGAAAUAGAUAGCAUUAGAUAAUUGUGAAUGUGCAUGGUGGAAGACUGAUCAAGUCCAAAUUGUAUUUUGAAAAAGCAGUAUGGGUUAGUAGGGUAGAAGAUGGUAAAAUUGCACAUAAGUAAUUGAGUCCGAGUACUGUAAACUGAGUUACAGGAGAAGUUGGGGAAAGAACUGUUAAAAACUUUGGAAGGAAGCAGAUUCAACACAUAUUAAUUUCUUUCCUUUCUUAUUUUAUUUGUAUAGAUUAAGAGUAUUUAUGGAUUUUGGGCAACUGACAAAAUGUUGCCAUCAGAUGUGAGUGGAAAGAGACUAAGUAGGGUCGUGUUAAAAUUGGAGAAUAGGAAGAACAUACACUAUUGGUAUAGUGGCCUAAUGUAGCUGCCUUUAUCUUGAUGAGACACUAUGGUCCUUCUAGUGAGAAAGCAUUCAUAUGGUAUCGAACACUUGUGUCAUGCUGAUUCAAUAACCUCUAAAUUAGGUGUGGAAGGGAUAGAAGUUUGAAACAAAGAGCAUGUUGGUUUCUUUUAGUUAUGCCAGUGAUCACCAUGGUGAUGCUGUCCAUAACGUAGUCCUCUGGGAUGUCUCCCACUUACCUCUAGGACGCCGAUGUCCUUCAUUACUUGAAAAGUCAUUGGAUUAAGGCAAUAUCUAGGCAGUUACCUUUUUUUUGUGUUUUUUUUAUUUAUUCCCAUUUGAAAGGAUUCUUUCAAAUCAAGAGGGGACCGUGAACAUUUCCUCUUCUCCAAGCAUAAUAUAAACGGCAGAAUUAGAGCUUUCUUUAUUAGAAUUUGUUGAAAAUAAAUGGCUACAAUUUUUUUCUCAAAGUACGCUAUUAAACAAGAUUCAUUCAUCUCAUGACGUUUUGAGUCAUAAAUGACAUUUGAUCAACCAAAACAAACACCUCUUGAAAUUGACAGAAUUGCGUCACCUUCAAUGUCCAGAUUCAUGCGUGAAGCACACUAUUAAGUUCUUCCAUGAUUCCAACUUCUGCAUGUCUGUCCCAUCUCUAUGUAGACAAAACGUUUCUUAGCGAAGGUGGCAUGUGUGAUCAUGUUAAGAUUCUUGAUUUUUGUAGCUUGUAGGCUACGUUCAUGCCUUCAUUAUUCAUUUGUUUAUGCUGUACAACUACUACGUGGACAUGAUUUACAUGCUUAUUCAGUCGUAACAUCCAAACUCUUGUUAAAAUUGAACCAAACCGUCGGUCCCACUUUCCUGCUAUUUCGACCCUCAGGUUGUGUGGCCCAUGUUGUACUGUCUGAAGUUUGUCUGGUCCUAACUUGUUUGAUUACAUUUGUCACUCGUGUGCCUCUGAAGUUAGUUAAGGCUUAGUAACACUUGUUCAAAACAAAGCAAACCGAUGUAUGGGUUGACUUUAUUCUCUAACAGUAUUUGGCUUCUUUGAAAUACUUCAGAGACGAUGUAGACCCACCAAUAGCUUUAUUUUGUCUGUCUUCUCGUCCUCUUCAAGGACCGUUACUGAGUUGACCCUCCAAAUAGACUAUAGAGGGAUGCACUGCUGUCGUCUCCUUAGUGGAGAGUAAUGUCCACACUAUUUUUAUUGUAUGCCUUCAUGUAUUACUUGAUUAGCCGUUAUCAGACAUCGAACAGCUUACCUCAAGAUGUUAUGUCUCGCAAUGAUUUUUACCCAAACCAGUGCAUUCUAUUGAUGUAUUGGACCUCAUUGGAGAGUAAAUGUGGUACAUAUUAUGCAACUAUUUUUGUCACUUUUAAUUUUUAUUUGAUGGUUGUUUCAUGACUCGACUGCUUCUUGACAGCCACCCAUAGGAUGGGGCGAUGCAAGUAGGAAUCCCGGGUGGGGCAGUGGUCUAAGGCACUGCAUCGCAGGGCUAGAGGCAUCACUACAGACCUGGGUUCGAUCCUGGGUCUGUAUCACAAAUUGCCAUGAUUGGGAGUCCCAAUUUGUCCGGGUUAGGGGAGGGUUUGGCCGGGGUAGGCCGUCAUUGUGAAAUAAGAAUUUGUUCUUAACUGACUUGCUUGGGUAAAUUUAAAGGUUAAAUAAAAUAAAUAAAAACAGUUAAAUUAGGAUAUUGAAUCAUGAUGUUUCCAUUUAAAGAAAUGCUUCGAUAGGCAACCAAAGGAGAGAAAUGUCUUGGACCGGAAGUUGUUUUAGAUCCACAUCAUAAAGUAACUUAUUUAUGAGAAUUCUGUGCAUUUCUAUAUAUACUGUAUGUCACAUGGCUGGUCAAAAUUGUUAUAGUUAAAGAAUGUUACCUUGUAAACUGCGAAACCCAGCUCCUCUAUGACCACCAAAUACAAUCCUGACUGACACUUUGUCGUGAUACAGACGGGCAUACAAAACCAUUGAGUGAAUAGUUCAGUCCUUGGGGGGGAAAAAAUAUUUUAGACAUCAGCAAAAUGGUCUUCCGUUCAUGCCAAUUGAAAGCCUUAUUGUUGAUAAAAGUGGAGGUCACACCUCCCAGGAACACAACUGCUCACAAUUACAGAUCCGGUGAAGCCAGUGAGCCAUUGUUGUUCAUUCAAAACACAACAUGAUUCUAGUGCUUCCCAGUCUUAUCAUCCAUCCAUGUUGUGCACUGUGGCUUCAACUCCUCAAGCAAUUGUUAAUUGGUUGGAGAAAUAUACAAAGAAACACUCAUGCUGUUGUCAUAAAUCCAAACACCCUCUGGAUGUACAACUUGACUGUAGUUUAUUUUGCUCUCGUUUGAUUCUUGCCUUUGGCUUGCUUGCCAUAUUUGUCAAGGGACCUGAAAAAACACAUUGAAAUAGUGUUGAAUCCCAGUAGUGAUAAUACUGGAGUUAUAGUGUGAAUUCAUAAUAAAAGCAAUAUUGGCAAGUGCACUUUGUUGGGUGUUCUAAGCACAACAUCACUAAAAAUGCACUUCAGACAGACUAGUGUGUCGAGAUUGUUGUUGAUUUACUUAACUAAAUGGUAUUGAAAUGAACAUGGUCAAUUAUUAUAAAGCAAGACUUAUACUUGUGACAUUUGUAGUACCAUUUUAGCAGUAUGUUGAUCUGAUCAGGAUGUAGUUUUAGUUGGUGUCUGUACAACCCGCCCCCCCCCCCCCCUUAUACAAAAUGAACCGACUUAAGAUAAUCACGAAUAAAUGUUGUGGCUUAGGCAUUUUUAGGCUAGUUUUUAUGCAACUCCUUUAAUUGUGCGUGUUUAGAUUGUUCUCUGUACUACAACAUGUUCUAAAAAUAGGUGGUGGAAGAAGAUUGUAUUUUGUGGACAAGGAAGUCAAUGGAUUGCUAUGCCACAGAACUUAAUGUUUUGAUUACUUUUACAGUACAGUGAGUAGGCAUAGAGUUCUGUGUUUUAAGUGUGUUCGUGUGUGACGAUUUGGGCAGUUAGCUGUCAUGUCUUCAUUAGUGAGUAUGAGGUCAAGAGUGUGCGAUGGUAAUAUGAACCGCUAUCAGCAAAAGGGCAAAGAAAAAGUGUGUGUUCAUUCCUGUCUAUUGUAUUUCUUUACCCACUUCCUGGUUUAUAAAUACCGUAAAGAAUAUUGUUUUUUCCUUCUAAUUAUUAACGUGAAAUACAUUUCCUUUGAAACACAAGUGAUGUAUGUAAGAUUCUGGUACAAUGGCCUGUAAUAGUUUUUGGUUGACUCAUUUUAAAUGUUAUUGUUAAUUUGAGCAUAUUUGAAAAUAAAUUAGUACAGUAUCCUACGUGCUAUGUGGGGUAGACUAAUAUGCAUUAACAGACCUUUUGAAAUGAAAUUUAAAGCACUGGUGUAAUUGAAAGCUUGAGGUUGGUGGUUGGUAGUCCUUUGCUUUAACAGCCCUUAUUUUUACUUUGGUUCUGGGUAUAUUAGCGUCUUAUUCAGGAGGGCGUCUCGGUUUGACUCAGUCAUUGGACAUUGCUUUGUAUUAUGCGAGGAUUUGUUUACUCCAAUAGACCAGCCAAGCAAAAUGUAACACAAGCCCAGUCUACGGGCUACAACCUUGAAUUAUUAUGUGCUUUGACUGUCCGUAUUGCCUCUGCUAGAAUUUCAUUGGCUUCUUGUUUCGCUGCAAUUUUUUUUCACCAUAUUGGAAGUUUUGGGUUAAAGUUAGUAAUUGGUCAUAAAGUUGAACGUUAGGCAGGUAUUUUAACCACUAAUAGUCCCUAUCUGGUUGUAGUCCAUAGAAGGGAUAGAAUAUGCCAAGCCGAUGUUGACUUCCCAUGUGACUUCAGCAUGAACUGUAGGUGAUCAUGAAAGUGUUAUUGUGCUUCAUUUAGGCCAAACUAUAAAUUAGGAGGUGCAAAUGAGCAAGUGGAAAUGCAUGAAAUGCUUUCUCUUUGGCACCUUUCUGUUUUGAAGUACUGCUGCCUGGUGAAGAGCUUGAGCAUGCCUGCAUUCAGUAUUUUCUAGAGCAUUCAGUAAACAUUUCUUUUAAGUUUUAUUAGCAUGAGAUUGUGUGAUUUUUGAAUCCAUAUUACCUCAAAUAUAUCAGUUAAAAGUAAUACAUUUAAGCUAAAACAAAUGUUCUCACCUCAAAUGUCCAUGCUAUUUUGAAAGUUACUUUUACUGCUAAUGUAAUAUGAUCAUGUUUUAUUUUGCCUACCUCCUUGAUGCACAGCUACUCUUUGUCUCCUUAGCUCAUAACCACCUACAUUGAGCUACCAAAGUAGUGUGACAGUGACACAUUUGGGGGGGUGGGGAGACUAUGUACAAAAAGUGCUGUAAUUUUGAAACGGUUCACCCGAUAUGGAUGAAAAUACCCUAAAGGUAAAGCUGACAGUCUACACUUUAACCUCAUAGUCAUUGUAUCAAAUCCAAAGUGCUGGAGUACCGAGCCAAAACAGUUUUCACUGUCCCAAUACUUUUGUAGCUCACUGUAUACUAGUGUCUGGAAAAUAUGAAAGCAUAUUAAUCACUUUUGAUCAAAGACAAAAAAAAAGUGAGCUUGAUUUUGUGUGUGUGUGUGUACGUGCGCUUGUAACAUGGAAAGAAAAAUGAUAUCCCAACAACCACUGGAAUGUGAAGCCAAACUGUAUUUUGAUCGAAUGAAAUCUCUUUUAAGGUCUAACUGUUGUAGCAUACAUGUGAACCUCGUCUCUGGUACAUGUUUUCUAUCCUUCAGAUACUUGUUGCAACAAGGUACUUUAUGAUAUUUUUUUAAAAACCCCGUCCUGAAAGUAUCCACCAGGAAUCAUCCUGUUUUUCAUAGUAUGGUGGGUUUUUACUGUAAGUGUGUAAGUUGAGCCAUACGUCUAAAAGUCUAGUUUACAGCUGCAACUGUGUCUACAACUACCAGAGAUUAGGAGAACGUGUGUGCAUCUUAAUUACAAAAGCAACAUAACUAAAGCUGUUAUUGAAGUCAAAUUAUGGAGAUAUUGUGGUGUUUGUGUGAAGGGAAAUCGUAUUGCAUCCAGCCUUAAGCCUUCAAACGAAAAACAAAUCUAGACCUUAAUUUGUGAUCAUGCAACCACCACAAAUCCCAUCACCUCUUCCAACCAACUGACCUUUGACUUUUUAACUGAAGCAUAGGUAUGUGAUAUACAGUAAGAGGUUAGAGAUCUAUUCCGUAAAAGACACACACACACAUAAACCCUUCCAACCCUGAACAAAUCUCCAACAUGUUCAUUAUUUUGACAUUGCAAUCCUUGAAAGCACUUUGCCUUGUUAUAUAAUUGUGUGCUACUGAAUGGUUAUUUCUUACAAAAUGUUCCGAAAAUGUAUAAAAUACAUGAUUUAAUGAUUUUAGUGAAACAGUGUAAUCUGCAUUGACCUUUCUGACAUUACAGGAGAAACUUAACAAACCAAGGCAUUGAAACCUGAUCGAUUUUAUACCAUGUAUGCUACAGCAUUUGAGUCUUGUCAUUCAGUGUUGUGGCUUAGGAUUGGUUAUGUUUAAAUAAAUUGCUAUUGCUUAAUAUCUA